AUGUACUCCAAACUUUCUCAAUCAUCUACUUUAAUAGCAGUACUUUGUAUUGUUGGAAAUAUAGCUUCACCAACUGAACAAGCCGGUGGUGUUCGUCGUCAAUUUAUUGGUGUUCCACCAGUUGCUUCUGUUGCACCAGGUGUAAUUGCUUCACCUGUAGCUCAAGGAAUUCCAGUUGCUGUUCCAGCUGCACCAGUUGCUGCAGUAGGACAAUGUCCAGGAGGACCAAGCCUUCCAAUUGAAUGCGAUCCAAAACGUCCAUGGCCACAAUGUCCACCACAAUCAUACUGUUAUGCUACAAAUUCUGUUGAUAUUGGACCAUAUUUUUGUUGUCCAAUUUGGUCUACAUAUGGUGCAGCUUGGAGACCAGCAUCACCAUUUUACAAUUAUGUUCCACCAAUGCCAUCUAACUGGCCAGAUGUUACUAAACUUACUGCUUCUUGGCCUGCUUCUGCUGUUUCACUUCCCGGUGGUGUUCCAAUUCGUAAAGCAAAAAAGCAAGUUAAUCAAGCUUUAAAAGAUGAAAAUGAAGAAAAGACCGAAAAUCUUAUUCAACAAAGUAUGAAUAAAUGGCUUGAAAGACAAUCAAAAUUAUAA